AUGGAAGUCAACAAGCGUAGAUUGCUCUUUGGUUGUGUAUUUUUUCUUGCUAUAGUCCCAAUCUUCGAGGCUAACAUAGUUCAUUUCGACCAAUACUGGCAGAACCGAUCUGAUGAUGCCAAAAAGGCUGCACAGCAAGCUUAUAAGCCAAACCCUCAGGAAAUAACUUCUAAUUUGAAUAUGCAUGUCCACAAGGCUCUUAGUGGUUCCAAUAGUACGAGGAGGGAAUUAGCCAAAUACAAAGGUCCAUGCUCAGCCACAAAUCCCAUCGAUAGUUGCUGGAGAUGUGAUCCAAAUUGGGAAAAGAAUCGCAAGAAGCUAGCAGAUUGUGUUCUUGGUUUUGGUCACGGCACAACAGGAGGCAAAGCUGGCAAAAUAUAUGUUGUCACUGAUUCAUCUGACAAUGAUCUUGUCACACCAAAACCAGGGACAUUGCGAUUUGCAGCCAUUCAAAAAGAGCCAUUAUGGAUCAUUUUUAAACAUAAUAUGAAUAUCAAACUAAAGGCGGAGCUUUUACUGACCAGUGACAAGACCAUAGAUGCACGUGGUGCAAACGUUCAUAUUAGUGAGGGUGCUCAGAUAACGUUGCAAUACGUGAAAAACAUAAUCAUCCAUGGGUUACAUAUCCAUGAUACUAAAAAAACCAGCGGUGGCCAAAUCAGAGACUCGAUGGAUCACUAUGGAUCCCGUAGUGCGAGUGAUGGUGAUGCAAUUUCAAUGUUUGGAGCUAGUCAUGUUUGGAUAGAUCAUAUUUCAAUGUGGAAUUGUGCUGAUGGAUUGGUUGAUGCCGUAGCGGGAUCAACGGCUAUUACCAUUUCCAACUGCCAUAUGACGCGUCAUAAUGAUGUUAUGUUAUUUGGAGCAAAUGAUGGGUUCUCAGGAGAUCAAAUCUCGCAAAUAACUGUGGCUUUUAACCAUUUUGGGAAAGGAUUGAUACAGAGGAUGCCAAGGUGUAGAUGGGGAUUCUUUCAUAUUGUUAACAAUGACUACACUCAUUGGCUUAUGUAUGCCAUUGGUGGUAGCACACAUCCCACCAUACUCAGCCAGGGUAACCGGUUUAUUGCUCCUCCUAACCCAAAUGCAAAAGAGGUGACAAAGAGGGAUUAUGCACCUGAAAGUGUAUGGAAGGCAUGGAGUUGGAGAUCAGAGAAUGACUUGAUGAUGAAUGGAGCCUUCUUUAAACAGUCUGGAACUAAGGCUGCAAAUUUUCCCAAGUCAGACAUCAAGGCAAAGCCAGGGAGUUUUGCAGCAGCGCUUACUCGUUUUUCGGGUUGUCUAAAAUGUGAAGUAGGCAAGCCAUGUUAA